AUGGGGCCCAUGUAUUACAUGGCAGUAAUUGCUGUUGUGACAUCUUUAGUCUUCAAACUUAUUGCCAUUCUGGCAUGGAUACCACUCCGAGUAGCGUUUGAUAGGGAUCUACGAGGAGAGAUGUAUCGUGCGCUACAAGAUUACUAUGUUACGGAUAAUCCAGCCAGUGGAAUAGCUUUGUAUAUUGAGGACAAGAAUCUAGGCUUCAACACAUUGUUUCAUCAGGGAAAGUGUUGUUUACGUCAGUCAAGUGUCUUUAGUAACUUACAAUUAAAUGGACGGCUGACGGGAAGUUGGCCCUGGACCUGUAAUCACUGUGAUAAUGAUUAUGGUAUCCGCUGGCCAUACCUGAAUAGCUAUGUGAGAAAUCUGUGUCCCAUUAAUUCGGCGUAUAGUGAGGACUGUACCACUACUAUUUUGGACUCUACCCUCCAUCACUACGACACGACAGCAGUGGUGUUUGCAGCCCUGAUGAUCCUUUUAGAUAUACUCCUCCUAGUGAUACUGGACAGGGCAUAUAAAGGGCGAGUGGCUAGAGGAGACAGAGGAAUAUUCUCUAACAUAUUCCUUAAUAACAGGUCGGCUAAAAUAAUGCGAUUCGAAGAAUUGUUAUCCUUCAUUGAAAUGAUUAAUUAA